GUUUGUUUUCUUUUUCAUCUCCUUUUCGGUUUUUCCCUUCAACUUUCCGAGCGCGUGUACUGAGUGUCGAACAGCCCUUCUUUGAUUUUUAGAUUCCCUUUCCCUCGGCCCCCGGACGCAACUUUUUGUUUUUCACGAGACACGACUUCUUUACACACCUCGAGACACGGUCUUUACACAGGUUGGCACAGAAUACACUACUGCCCAGCCCUCUAAUUCAAUCGAUACAUAAGUAACUGAAUAAAAUAUGGAAUCCCAUACCGUUCUCCGCCCCACGGCCAUCCCUGAUCUUGCCGCGAUCAAGACUUGGGGUCUUGAAGGACUCACCAAGGCCAAGUUCAGCUUUGACACCAAAACCACCACUGCCACCAUCCUUACCCUUAUCCUCUCUCUUCUUGUCCUCGAACAGCUCGUCUACAGGGCCAAGAAAGCACACUUGCCCGGUGCCAAAUGGACCAUUCCCGUCAUUGGCAAGUUUGCCGACUCUUUGAACCCCACCUUGGCCAACUACAAGGCCCAGUGGAACUCUGGACCUUUGAGCGCUGUUUCCGUGUUCAACAUUUUCAUCGUCAUCGGUUCCUCCAACGAAAUGGCCAGGAAGAUCCUCAACUCCCCCAACCACGCUGAACCCUGUCUCGUCGCUUCUGCCAAGAAGGUCUUGUUGCCUGAGAACUGGGUCUUUUUGCACGGCAAAGUCCAUGCCGACUACAGGAAGGCAUUGAACGUUCUCUUCACCAAGCAGGCUCUCAGUAUCUACCUCCCCAUUCAGGAGAAGAUCUACCGAAGCUAUUUCAACAAGUGGAUGUCUGAUCCCGCCCCUGCUCAGCAGUACAUGAUGAAGAUGCGAGACCUCAACAUGGACACUUCUCUUUCCGUGUUCAUCGGCCCUUAUCUCACUGAGGCCCAGAAGCAAGAGAUCAACGACAAGUACUGGCUUAUCACCAUCUCUCUCGAGCUCGUCAACUUCCCCCUCGCUAUCCCUGGUACCAAAGUUUACAACGCUAUCCAGGCUAGAAAGAUUGUCAUGAAGUAUCUCUCCGCUGCCAGUGCUGCCAGUAAGAUCAGGAUGGAGGACGACGACGCCGAGCCCGAGUGUCUUUUGGACCACUGGGUGCGAGCCAUGAUCCUUGCCCGUCGUGCCAAGGAUGACGGUGAGCAGACCAGACUCCUUUCUCGAGAGUACAGCGACCACGAAAUUGCCAUGGUUCUCUUGUCGUUCCUUUUCGCCUCUCAGGACGCCAUGUCUUCCGCUCUCGUCUACACAUUCCAGCUUACUGCCGACCACCCCGAAGUUCUUGAGAAGGUUAGGGAGGAGCAGUACAGGGUUAGGGGUAACGACCUCGAGAGGCCCUUGACUUUGGACAUGCUUGACGACAUGGUUUACACCCGAGCUACUAUCAAGGAAGUUUUGAGGUUUAGGCCUCCUGUCAUCAUGGUUCCCUACAUGACCACCAAGCCCUUCCCCGUCUCCCCCGAAUACACCGCGCCCAAGAACUCUAUGAUCAUCCCUGCCUUUUGGAACUCUUUACACGACGAGACCUGUUACCCUGAGCCCGAUCGAUUCCUUCCCGAACGAUGGCUCCCCCAGGCCGACGGUUCAGCCCCUAUCGCCGACUCCAAGCCCCAAAACUACCUCGUCUGGGGUAGCGGUCCGCACAAGUGUAUCGGUGGCCAGUACGCUUCUAUGCAUUUGGCGGCCACUUUGGGUACGGCGAGUGUUUUGAUGGAUUGGAAGCACGAGAGGACCGAGUUGAGUGAUGAAGUACAGGUCAUUGCGGCUAUCUUCCCCAAGGACCACUGUCUCCUUAAAUUCACCCCUCGAGCUCCCCCUUCAUAAGCUUCUUCAAGCUGUGUAUUAUGGCGAUAAAGGAAGUAAUGAAGUAUUCUCUAAUGUUUAAAGAUACCCCGGUGUGGAUCUUUCAGUAAUAUUAAUGUUUUCAUCGUCUGGAAAGUUAUCUUGGGCGUCUGUAUAGCUAGAUGUCUCUCUUAUGGGAAUCGACCCCAAGAACACUGAAAGAAUAUGCAAACUCUCGUCUUGUCUUUGUAAAGGAAAA